AGACCAACCUCAUUUCGUAUCGAACCUUGCCCGUGUGUGUAAAAAAAAAACAAACGUCAAAAUGACAGGUCGCGGAAAAGGCGGGAAGGGCUUAGGAAAAGGAGGCGCGAAACGUCACCGAAAAGUCCUUCGAGAUAAUAUUCAAGGAAUAACGAAACCAGCUAUCAGAAGGUUAGCAAGACGUGGCGGUGUAAAGCGUAUCUCCGGAUUAAUUUACGAAGAAACUCGCGGCGUCUUAAAAGUGUUCCUUGAAAAUGUCAUCCGCGAUGCUGUGACCUACACUGAACAUGCGAAAAGAAAAACGGUGACAGCGAUGGACGUUGUCUAUGCUCUGAAGAGGCAAGGAAGAACGCUGUACGGUUUUGGCGGUUAAUUUUUAGGUUAUGAAAUUUGAGGUUAGUUAGUUAUAUCAAAAUAAAUUAUACUUUGUCGUUAAUUGUUACAUUUGGAAAUGAAAUAAGGUUAGGUUUUUUGACAAGGCCCUUUUCAGGGCCGCAU